UAACCCGGACUCUCUUCUGGAAGUCCUGGAUCUGAGAGUUAAUGGAACUGAUUGCAAUCUUAAUAACAGAAGAACCAAAGAACUUCUUUCUCAGAAAGUCUGUAUUUCUAUUUGCCCAACUCUAACAACACACUCAUCAGGUGUUUACAAUUGUUACCAGCCUCAUCAGAGACGUCGUUCAUCCUUUGGAUUACAAGUAAAGCAUAUAGAUGACACAUCAGAGGAAGAAUGGCGAAAAAGAGUUCAGCCUGGAGAGGAACCUCUGAAGAAGCCCAUCAACAAAAUAGCAUCUCUCUUUUCUUCUCUUGUUGGAAAAAGUCAAGAACCAGAGUCGUGCAGAAACACAACUUGCACCAAAACCUUCACAACUGCUAUAAAUGUUACACAUCCUGGAAUGAUUCCAGAGAAAUUUGACAAUUCUUCAGUCUCAGAAGCUCAAAGUGACAAGGAGAUUAAGGGCAUUCUCUCGACAGGUCUCCAAGGUAUAAAAUCAAUGACCAUAAAUAAUGUUUCUUCUCCUUCUGUAACCCCAAAAGAAAGUACAAAUCAGCAGACCUCAGAAAUGAGGUCCUCUAGAAUCUUGCCAAAAAUUCCAUCAUCUGGAAGUGCUCAAGGUGCAACUCACAAGCCUAAACUGGCUAGACAAGUCACUGUGUCUCAGCAAUCUUCGUCUAUUCCUGACUCGACACAUGUACCUGUCAAAUCUGUUUCUUCUAUAGAUAUAGGUGAAAAACCUUCAGAGCAGAAUCAAGGAGGCUUUCUAAGAGUUUUCAGUAAUGCCAUAGCAAUAGAGGAGCCAAAUCAAGAGUCUGUCAAAUCCUCUCGAUCUGUAACAAAGCAAACAGAGAAAAAUUUUAGAAAAUCUGUCCUUGAUGGAGUAAAAGAUUCAAGUACAGACAAAGGCACAGGAAUGACUAAACUUCUGGGGUCAGUGGGAGAAUUGUUAAACAUGGAAAACGGUACUUCUCAGCUGCCAUCAAAGGAAUCUUAUUUGCAAAAAUCCUCUGCACAACAUCAGUCAUUUGGUUCAAGAAAUGAUGCUGAAGAAACCGGUUAUGUUUAUAACAGGACUUCAAAGUCUGAAGCGAUCCAGAAACCACAGAGACAGAGUAGAUUCAGUCUGGGUAGUCAAUCAGAUGUCCCCAAAGAAUCUCAGACACUUCAGGAACAAAUGCCUAAGAAUGCAUCACAGAUAUUUUCCCCUAAUGUUAAUAAUGGCCUGAUUUCAGGGGGUUCUCAAUCAAUGCCACCAACUAGUUGUAAUACAUCAGAACCUUCCACCAAAUCAACAAGUGGAUUGUUUGGCUUUUCCAUUGCAAACUUCGGGCGCACAAAUAAUAAGGAGGAAACUGCAUGGAGAGGGCUACUGCCAUCAUUUAAUGAUUCCAGUCCACAGCAGAUACCAUCUCAAAGAGAAUCAGCUUCUAAAUGUCAAGUGGGGGGUGAAUCUGCAAAAGAUACAACAGGCAAUAGAAUCUUGUCUUUGUUUGGCAGUUCCAACACAGAAAAGGCUGCAGUGUUGAAUCAAACUACUGAAAAAGCACCUCAAAAAGAGAGAUCAAGCAUAGGUUUACUUUCUGUGUUUAAUGCCACUAGUACUCAACAAACCAGCCCACUACACACUGGACCGUCAAAUCAGGCUGCUUCUCCAAAAGUGGUGCCCGGGAAAAAUGUUUUGAAUGUGUUUACUGGCCCUAAUUCACAGCAGAAUUCAUCACCAACUAGGUCUACCAGUGAGCAAACGUCUCAUGGAAUUGCACACCAAGAUUCUCCAAGCACAGCUUCACAAGGGACAGGAUCUAUUUUUAGUGGAAUAUUAGGUGGUCUUUCCACCUAUAAUGAGAGACCAGUUAAAAACUUAUUUUCUAUGCUUGGCGGAUCCAGCCCACAACCUUCGUCCACCCAACAACCAACAACUGUUCCAGCAGCAGAUACUGAAAUUCCAGUCAAAGUGCCACCCAAACAGCUGAAGGGGGUUGUUCUGAUUGAUGGUGCACAAAAACCACAACCUGCUGUAAGUAAUAUUCAAGAAGCAAUUCCUCAAAAACAGCCACCUGGAAAAGGUCUACUCUCAUUGUUUGGUGUUCAGAGUCCACAACAGAAUACACCUCAAGCAACACCCAUUCAGAGUGGAUUUUUAUCAGGCUCUGCUGGGAAUAAAGAGUCAGCAAAAGGAUUACUCUCAAUAUUUGGCAAACCAAGCCAUGAGCAAAAUGCUGAGACUUUCCUUCAAAUAAAUGCACAGGCCAACCUAUCCCCUGAAGAAAGUUCUGUGGAAAAUGAGCAAUCUACCAAAUCUUCAGUGAAAUAUAUGCCUUCAGUAUCUAGUGGCCCAACCCCACAACAACUGGACUAUAUAGAUUCCGUAUUACCUGAUGAUAACCUACCCAUUUUCAGCACCCCACAUCAAGCAUCUUGUAUUCCUUUCCCAGCUGAAACUCCAGGUACAGAUUUACCAUCAAUGCUUAGUGAAGUUCAUUUUCAAUCCAAUGAUGCACAACAUAUACAGACUUGUACAUCUACGGAAGCUGUGUCUGUUGUUCCAAAGGAUAUUGCUUCAGCUGUUGACAGAAUUUCUGUAUCUGUGGAAUCAACUAAGGAUUUACCCACUGUUCCCAUUUGUUCAGGACCUGAAGUCACCUCUCAGAAUGCAGCAUCUGGUUUGUUGUCAAUGUUCAGUGGGUCAAGUUCCCAAAAUACAGCUCCUCAAGUUGGAUCUGUACUUGGUGGAAUUUUUCCAGGUACCACAGGACAAAAGGACAUUCCUGGCAAGAGUCUGUUUUCUAUGUUUUCUGGCCCUAGUUCAAAAUCCAGUUCAGAUGCAGAGAAUCAUAGACCUUCAGCCUCAAAAGGACCACCUGGAAAAAGUUUGUUUUCCAUGUUUGGUGGGACAAGUCCACAAGAGCAUUCACCUCCAGCAUCAUUAUUGGGAGGCAUUUUUCCUGGUGGCAUUACUCCUAAAGAUGUUUCAGGAAGAGGUCUGCUUUCCAUGUUUGGUGCUCCUAGUCCAGCAACACCCAGUCAGACAGAAGAAACAUCCAAACCACCCGAAGCUGAAGGACGUUCUAAUAUUUCCUCAUUUUUUUCUCAUGGAAGUACUUCAAAAGAUGUGUUAUUCAGUGAACCAAAGAAUCUAGAGUUACAAAAAUCUCAGGUUAUGAGGUCUGGAUAUUCUGGAGCUGAUCACAAACCAGCUAACACAGUUUCAGGUGACGGUAGUAAACAAAUUGAGGGCAAUGAACCAAUGACUCUCCAACCACAGUCAAAACAACAGAACAUUUCUCAUUCCAUCACUGAAGUAGAGAAAGAAACUAUAGAGGGGACAUCUACAGCAGAUAGCCGGGACAUAAGGGAGUCACCUUCUUUUUCUGGACAAGUUAGCAAUACUCACUCAUGGCCAGAGCAAAAUGAAAAACAAAAUCUGUCACAAAAUGAGAGCCAACCUCAGCCUAAACAAGAAGAUAUGACUACACAGGAAUCUGUAACUGGAGACAAAGAAGGACAACAAAAACCUGCUGAUGUGGAGACGUCUGUCUUUGACACAUCAGCUGAUGUAGUCUCUGGGUUCAUGUCUAAAAUGUUCUCUGGUGCCAGUGGACCCUCUAAAACAUCAAGUGGUCUUUUCUCUUCAGUACAAACUUCAUUUUUUAAGUCCACAUCCACACUAGGGUCUGAAUCACAACAGACAACCUCUCUCUUUGGCUUCCCAAGUAGGUUGCCAACCGACUCUCUAAAAAGUGAUCUCCUUGGUAUGUUCCAGUCACAUCAGGCAGCCAAACCAGCAGAAGCAGUACCUUCAAAUUUGAAUUUAAAUUGUACUCCUUCAACUGAAUCUGUUGUCCAAGAUCAAAGAGUGUCUAAUGAUAUAGUAUCCUCUUCAGGGGACAUAAAGUUGACAGAAAAUGUCAUUAAAACAGAAUCAGGGUCGGAUCCACAGCCACGGCAUCAAGUCAUCAAGCCUGAUGACUCAAUUACUAAUUUAACACCUGCAAGUGUGAACCCACCUGAAGUUCCUUCCUUAACUAGGCUAAAUAAUGAAGUCCUUGGAAGUGAUGUAGUAAUGGGGAAACCAAUUGUCAUUAUUGGAGAACCUGAAGAUACAUUGACCGACAAGUCAGGGCCAGCUCAACAGCCUCCUAAAUCUGAACCAUCGCAGUCCAUGUUUGACAUGGCUGGUUUAUCACCACCAAAGCUUAGUUUCAUCACUCAAUCCGAACAUGCCAGGAAGUGUUUUGGGUCCUUGUUUUCCUCAGCCGCUAGUAAAGGUCUUCCCACAAUGCCACAGACGGAUGGGGGUGGACUUUUGUCUGGAUUCAAGUCAUUCUCAACAAGUUUGUUUUCAGAAGAGAAGCCAGUAGCAUCAAAUAACGAACCACCAUCACUGUUUGGAGCAAAAAUAGGCCUAUGGCAAAAAGAAGCACCUACAAAAAAGCAGACCCCUAGUGAUGUUACAGCCCAGCCUAACUCACCACGGUAUCCAAAAAGCACAUCAAGUGAAACAGACCUUAGCCUUUUGGUUUUGAAGGAAAUGAAAGAAAAUGUCAAUAAAAUUGACAAUGAUGAUAUACAUGGAACUGCGAUAGAUUUAGACAGAUUUGAGUUUGAGGACCAGAAUAAAAGCAUAGGCUCUUUAGAUGACCCCAACCUCCAAAUUAGUAUGUCCACACUUGAGAUAGACAGUCUAUCUCAAAAAGAGCAGGAAUCUCAGAUCCAGCUCCCAUCCUCUGCAGCUCUCUCUUCUGGAUUACAGCAGGAAUACAAGGAGCUUUUGAGUGCAAAAAGUCCUGUUGGCAGUAGUCAUUUUGGAUCUUCAGGAAACCUCAGUCAAGUCAGUUCUCCACUAAGUGAGAUGGGCCAGGAGAGUGUUACAGGUUCAGAGCUAAAGGAGACCUACCACUCCUUCCACAGUACAGGAUAUCGCAUGCCUGCAAACGGACACCACCCAGCCAAUGGACAUGCCUCCUGGGGAGAGAAUGAGGGGUUGAAAUCUUCUCAAGAGAAAGGAAGGAGUGAAAGCUGCACUUUAAAGAAAGACAAUGUUCCCCAAGUGGAAGAGAGGCCAGAAAUAUCUCAAAAAAGUUUCCAGGAUGAUGGAUCUGCUUUGUCUGUCUCUACUUCUCGUGUGCACUGGAUAAAGGCCUUCAACAAAGUGAGACUUCAGCUUCAGGAGGUCCGGGAGAACGAGGACAAUUCCAGACAUGACUGGGUCAAAGAAGGAAGUGGGAGUGGCCUGUUUGGGAUUGAUAGCAUGCCAGACUUGCGGAAGAGGAAACCAAUCCCUCUUGUUAGCGAUGUGGCUCUGGUCCAGGCCAGAAAAGCAGGCAUCGCAUCCGCCAUGGCUUCCCGAGCCUCCGUUAAAGACGAGGAGCUGAAGAACCACGUGUAUAAGAAAACGCUGCAGGCUCUCAUCUACCCGAUCUCCUGCACUACGCCGCAUAACUUCGAUGUUUGGACGGCGACGACUCCGACGUACUGCUACGAGUGCGAAGGACUGCUGUGGGGUAUCGCACGCCAGGGCAUGAGAUGCACCGAGUGUGGGGUCAAAUGUCACGAGAAGUGUCAGGAGCUCCUCAACGCAGACUGCCUGCAGCGCGCGGCGGAGAAAAGUUCAAAGCACGGUGCUGAGGAUCGCACGCAGAACAUCAUCAUGGCCAUGAAGGACCGCAUGAAGAUCAGAGAGCGGAACAAACCCGAGAUCUUCGAGCUCAUCAGGGAUGUGUUCAUGAUCAGCAAAACGGUCCACUCGCAGCAGAUGAAGACCAUCAAACAGAGUGUUCUGGACGGGACGUCCAAGUGGUCGGCUAAGAUCACCAUAACCGUGAUGUGUGCACAGGGCCUGCAAGCCAAAGAUAAGACGGGCUCCAGCGACCCUUACGUGACCGUCCAAGUUGGAAAGACGAAGAAGCGCACCAAGACCAUCUACGGCAACUUGAACCCGGUGUGGGAGGAGAAGUUUCACUUUGAGUGCCACAACUCGUCGGACCGCAUUAAGGUGCGCGUGUGGGACGAAGACGACGACAUCAAGUCCCGUGUGAAGCAGAGGCUGAAGAGGGAGUCUGACGAUUUUCUGGGGCAGAGCAUCAUCGAGGUGCGAACACUCAGCGGUGAGAUGGACGUCUGGUACAACCUGGAGAAAAGGACUGAUAAGUCCGCGGUGUCUGGCGCUAUCCGUCUUCACAUCAGUGUGGAAAUUAAAGGAGAAGAGAAGGUGGCACCGUACCACGUGCAGUACACCUGUCUACACGAGAACCUGUUCCACCACACCACAGACGUGCUCGGUCAGGGGGCGGUGAAGAUCCCGGACGCUCGUGGCGAUGAUGCCUGGAAGGUCUAUUUCGACGACGUGGCCCAGGAAAUAGUGGACGAGUUCGCCAUGCGUUACGGGAUCGAGUCCAUCUACCAGGCCAUGACGCACUUUGCGUGUCUCUCGUCUAAGUACAUGUGUCCCGGUGUUCCUGCUGUGAUGAGCACACUGCUAGCCAAUAUUAAUGCCUUCUACGCUCAUACCACUGCCUCCACCAACGUCUCCGCCUCCGACCGCUUCUCCGCCUCCAACUUCGGGAAAGAAAGGUUCGUCAAGCUCUUGGACCAGCUGCACAAUUCCUUACGCAUCGAUCUCUCCAUGUACCGCAAUAACUUCCCUGCUAGCAGUAAAGAGCGUCUGCAGGACCUGAAGUCCACUGUGGAUCUGCUCACCAGCAUCACUUUCUUCAGGAUGAAGGUGCAGGAACUGCAGAGCCCUCCGAGAGCCAGCCAGGUGGUGCGAGACUGUGUGAAAGCCUGCCUCAACUCCACCUACGACUACAUCUUUAACAACUGCCAAGAGCUCUACAGCCGCCAGUACCAACCAAAUAAAGACGAAUAUCCUCUAGAAGAACCGGGUCCAUGCAUCAAGAAUCUGGACUUCUGGCCCAAACUCAUCACGCUGAUAGUUUCCAUUAUAGAAGAGGAUCGCAACUCGUACACACCUGUCCUCAACCAGUUUCCUCAAGAGCUCAACGUAGGGAAGGUGUGUGCCGAGGUGAUGUGGGUUCAGUUCUCCCAGGAUAUGAAGUACGCCACGGAGGAGCACGAGAAGCAUCGUCUGUGUAAGAGUGCUGACUACAUGAACCUGCACUUUAAGGUGAAGUGGCUCUAUAACGAGUACGUCAAGGAUCUGCCUGCCUUCAAAGGAGUCGUUCCCGAGUACCCCAUGUGGUUCAUGCAGUUCGUGCUGCAGUGGUUGGACGAGAACGAGGACGUGUCCAUGGAGUUCAUGCACGGUGCCCUCGAGAGAGACAAGAAGGACGGCUUCCAACAGACAUCUGAGCACGCUCUGUUCUCCUGCUCCGUGGUGGACGUGUUCACGCAACUCAACCAGAGCUUUGAGAUUAUUAAGAAGCUGGAGUGCCCCGACCCCAAGGUCAUGGCCCUGUACAGUCGACGCUUCGCCCGGACCAUCGCCAAGGUCCUGCUGCAGUACAGUGCCAUUCUGAAGAAGAGUUUCCCGUCCUACUGCGACAAGGAGAAGAUUCCCUGCGUCCUGAUGAACAACGUGCAGCAGCUGCGAGUUCAGCUUGAGAAGAUGUUCGAGUCGAUGGGAGCCAAACAGAUGGACACCGAAGCCAGCGACACCCUCAAUGAGCUGCAGGUGAAGCUGAACAACGUGCUGGAUGAGUUGAGCUCCACGUUUUCAAACACUUUUCAGAGUCGUAUUGACGAGUGCACACGGCAGAUGGCGAGUCUGCUGUACCAGAUUAAAGGGCCGGCGAACGCCAACAGCCGAAACCAAGUGGAGGUCGAUUCUGACAACAUGCUCCGCCCCCUCAUGGAUUUCCUGGACGGAAAUCUGAUACUGUUUGCGUCGGUGUGCGAGAAGACCGUUCUGAAGCGGGUUCUGAAGGAAUUGUGGAGACUCGUAAUGAACAGUUUGGAGAAGACCAUCGUCCUGCCUCAAGGCAACGACAGCAUCGGCAACAUAUUUUCCGCUGCCAAAGAUCUCGGCCAGCUGUCCAAGCUCAAGGAUCACAUGUCUGGGGAAGCCAAAAGCCUCACGCCUAAGCAGUGUGCGGUCAUGGACGUGGCCCUGGACACCAUAAAGCAAUACUUUCACGCUGGAGGAAACGGGUUAAAGAAGGCUUUCCUGGAGAAGAGCGCCGAGCUCUCGUCUCUCCGUCACGCCCUCUCCCUUUAUACCCAGACCACCGACACGCUCAUCAAGACCUUCGUCACCACGCAGCACGCCCAGGUGCAUGGUGGGAAUGGGAUGAGGAUUACGUCUAGUGAGAAAGUCCAGCCAUCCAAGGGCUCAGGUGUGGAUAAGCCAGUAGGAGAGGUGUCCAUACAGAUCGAUCUGUUCACUCAUCCAGGCACAGGAGAGCACAAGGUCACGGUUAAAGUGGUGGCGGCGAACGAUCUGAGGUGGCAGACGUCCGGAAUGUUCCGUCCCUUCGUGGAAGUGACGAUGAUCGGGCCGCACCUCGGCGACAAGAAACGCAAAUUCGCCACCAAAUCCAAGAACAACAGCUGGGCGCCGAAAUUCAACGAGACCUUCCACUUCAUCCUGGGGAACGAGGACGGUCCGGAGUGUUACGAGCUGCAGGUGUGCGUGAAGGACUACUGUUUCGGCCGGGCGGACCGCGUGGUGGGCGUGGCCGUCAUCCAGCUGCGGGAGGUGGCUCAGCGAGCGAGCUGCGCCUGCUGGUGUCCACUGGGCUCGCAGGUGCACAUGGACGACACGGGGCUGACCGUGCUGCGCAUCCUGUCCCAGCGCUCAGGAGACGAGGUGGCCAGAGAGUUCGUCAAGCUGAAAUCCGAAACCCGUUCUGCCGAGGAGGGGAGAUGAGAACUUCAUCUCGGGGAAGGAAUGAAGGACGACAGGACGGACCGUGGACGUUAAUGCUUUUUUGUUAGUGUUUGAAGGAUUCACGGGUGAGGAGUUUCUCCAGUCCGGUUUCCUGUGUUAUGGAUGUGGAGGAUGGAGAAGUUCACGAGAACUUCCUGUACUUCCGUUCGUCCACUCCGAUGACUUUUUUUUUAAAAUGUUUUUCUUUAAUAUAAUCUCUCUCUCUCUCUCUCUCUCUCUCUCUCUCUCUCUCUCUCUCUCUCUCUACCAACCACAAGUGAUAUUUUGUCUCAGUAACCCUUUUACUUUCUCAGUGUUUUGGCCUUUGCCUAGUGUGUGUGUGUGUGUGUGUGUGUGUGUGUGUGUGUGUGUGAGAGAGAGAGACAGGGACAGACAGAGAGGGAGACAGAUAGAGACAGAGAGGGAGAC